AUGUCGCAAGCAGAUAUCAGUAACAUUGUAAGAGGCGAUUCAGCGGGCAAAAAGAAGUCCAAGCGGAGGAAGAAAAGAAGAACACAAUUAGAGUCCGAUGUCGAAUCACUAUCGUCGUCGUCAUCAUCAUCAGAAGAAGAAGCAUCUUCUAGCGAUAACGAUCCUGAGUCUGAAGAGAAGGAAGAUAAUAUUGAGCUAUCAGAUACAGAGCUAACAAUUGCGGCAAAUGAAAAAAAGGAUGGCUUUACUGCGGAGAAGUUAGACGACAGUACUCGAUCGUCAUUGAACAAUAUUCAACUGACGAAAACAGAACUAUCGAGCAGGCAUGUGUUUCAUAACACGAAUAACGUUGAUCUGAAAGCAGUUAAUGAUAUUAUAAACACAGGCGAAACGAAUCUUGCUAUGGCAUCGAAUGCAUCUGGAAAAAGUCUAGGGUCGCUUAAAAAUGAAUAUUUGAAUAUGCUAUUUGAACACUUCGGUGAAGAUGUGAACCAGUUAAGGAACGCACCCGAUUUUACAAAUAAAUCCUUGGUAAUGCUGGCAAAUGUAUUGAAAGAUGGAGGUGAUAUGUUUGAUCUUGAGACGUUCAAGACUAUUCUGGAAGAUAGGUAG